AUGGCUGCUAUCUGGGGGAAUAACGGCGGCCAGCCAGGACAAUUUCCGCUGGAACAAUGGUUCUAUGAGAUGCCUCCUUGCACGCGAUGGUGGACUGCUGCCACCGUGAUUACCUCCGUUCUCGUCCAGUGCCAUGUGCUCACUCCGUUCCAGCUGUUCUACAGUUUCCGUGCCGUUUAUGUCAAGUCGCAGUACUGGCGCCUCAUCACAACAUUCCUCUACUUUGGCCCCCUGAAUCUCGACUUACUAUUCCAUGUCUUCUUCCUGCAGCGAUAUUCGCGUCUGCUUGAAGAAUCAUCCGGCCGUUCCCCCGCUGACUUCUCAUGGCUUCUUUUCUACGCCAUGAGCUCUCUCUUGAUCCUCUCUCCAUUCCUGUCCUUGCCUUUCCUUGGUACGGCCCUCUCCUCGAGUCUGGUCUAUAUCUGGAGUCGCCGGAAUCCCGAUACUCGUCUGAGCUUUUUGGGCCUGUUGGUUUUCACGGCGCCAUAUCUUCCGUGGGUUUUGAUGGCUUUCAGCCUUGUCGUGCACGGGAUUGUACCCAAAGAUGAGAUCUGCGGAGUGAUUGUGGGCCACAUAUGGUAUUUCUUUUCCGAUGUCUAUCCGUCCCUCCAUGGUGGACACCGGCCGCUGGAUCCGCCGGCAUGGUGGAGGAGAUUGUUUGAAGGCAGGCCGCGGCAUGAAGCGGUGCGCGGUGCAGAUGAGACAGAGGCACCCGAGACGCAAGCUGCCAACAUUAACCGCGAUAUUGCGGCCGCUGCUGCACCCGAAGAUCCUUUCGAUGCAUUUUUUCCCUCUGCGGCAUCCGGCAAGGCUGCAACUGAGUCACACAAUUUAUUUGACUUUGGAUUAGGUCAAUCAGGUCAUACACGUGUCGAUAUGGAGAUGGAUGGAAAGAAUAUGUGGGGCUUUCUGAGCCAAAUGCGCCAAAUCAUCCGAUUUCAGGCGAUGGGUCCAGCUCUACGAACCACUCCUCUUCAGGAUCCCAUGCCCAUGCUUCGCUGCCAUUCAAGGCGUGAAGGGUGUUUCUAUACCCUGUUUACCAUGUUGACCGGUUUCGGUUCACGAAUCCACGAGGAACUGGAAUUGCCCUGUCAUGGUCUGCGAGUUCCAGUUCUCGACCUCUGUUAUCCCUGGGAUUUCUUUUCCCUUGUUCAGCCAACCAUGUACGGAAAUGAAGAUACGGCGCAUACGGCGAUUCUAGGAAAUGAGGCAUGA